AUGGCUGAAGAGGACUCGUAUACAGCCCUCGCCGGCAUCAUCUCCAAUCUUGCCAAACAAUAUACCCCUGCCAACGAUGACUUCAACGGCCGUAUCGCUGCCAACAGCAUCGAAUCAAAUCGCAGUCCCCUGCCUGGCGCUGACUCUGACGCCAAACGACAACUCGAGCGAGAAAUCGCUGCUUUAGCCAGCCGCGUGCAAUAUCUGGAGAACAGGGUCGCUUCUUCGGCCUCAACCAUCUUUCCCAUCACUCCCAACGAGCCUCUACAGUCUGCCUUCUCGCCGGACAGCUCGCCCACCGCUACCCGUGUCCUGACUUCACGGCCUCGCUCUGCAUCUCUGGUAAACAGCUUGCUGGCAAAGUCGGAGAGUCCCAAAGGCACCGCCGUACCGCGUCAGUUGACCGAAGAAGAGCUUGGAGUCCUUCGCGACCAUGUUGAUCGCCAAAGCGAACAGAUCAAGGCUCAGAAAGAAUAUAUCGAUAGCAUCAACGAGACUCUGCAACAACAGCGCCAAGCUACCGAGCAAGCCCUUGGUGGUAUCGAGAGCUCAAUGGAUGACGUUGAGACCUUGAAGCGCGAGUUGUCCAAAAACCAACAAAUCAAUGCCACCUAUCAGAAAGUCCUCCGCGAGAUUGGCAGUAUUGUCACUGCCGUUGCCAACGGUGAUCUCAGCAANAAGGUGCUCAUCAGCGCCAAAGAGCGUGAUCCCGAGAUCGCUACUUUCAAACGCACAAUCAACAAAAUGGUCGACCAACUACAGGAUUUUGCCAGUCAAGUCACACACCUCGCUCGUGAGGUCGGUACCGAAGGAAGACUCGGUGGUCAAGCUGUUUUGCCCGGAGUCAGUGGUAUCUGGGCCGAGUUGACUCAAAACGUCAACAUCAUGGCAGAUAAUCUGACCAACCAAGUCCGAGAAAUCGCCGUCGUAACUACCGCCGUCGCCCAAGGUGAUCUCAGUCGCAAGAUUCAGCGUCCUGCUCGUGGUGAGAUACUGCAACUUCAGCAAACUAUCAACGGUAUGGUCGACCAAUUGCGUACUUUUGCAACAGAAGUCACUCGCGUUUCCCGUGACGUCGGCACUGAGGGUGUACUUGGGGGUCAAGCCCAGAUCGAGGGCGUGCAGGGCAUGUGGAACGACCUAACUGUCAAUGUCAACGCCAUGGCCAACAAUUUGACAACUCAAGUACGAGACAUCGCCGAGGUCACUACUGCUGUCGCACGGGGUGACCUUACACAAAAAGUCAAGGCAGAGUGUAAGGGUGAAAUUCUUGAGCUCAAAUCAACCAUCAACUCUAUGGUCGACCAACUCAGGCAAUUUGCCCACGAAGUUACAAAAAUCGCCAGAGAAGUCGGAACAGAAGGAAGACUUGGUGGACAAGCUACCGUACAUGGAGUCGAAGGCACAUGGAAGGAUCUCACAGAGAACGUCAACGGCAUGGCCAACAACCUCACUACUCAAGUGCGCGAGAUUGCCCAUGUUACCAAAGCCGUCGCUAGAGGUGAUCUCAGUAAGAAGGUCGGGGCCGAGGUCAAGGGUGAGAUCCUUGAGUUGAAGGUGACCAUCAACACUAUGGUUGACCGUCUGAGCACUUUCGCCUUUGAGGUCAGCAAGGUGGCAAGAGAAGUUGGUACUGAAGGUGUGCUCGGUGGACAAGCUCAAGUUGAAAAUGUCGAGGGCAAGUGGAAGGAUUUGACCGACAACGUCAACACCAUGGCAAACAACCUGACCAACCAGGUCCGCAACAUAUCAGACGUUACACAGGCUAUUGCUCGCGGCGACAUGACCCAGGUCAUCAAGGUUCACGCUCAAGGAGAAAUCCUACUUCUGAAGAACACCAUCAACGACAUGGUUGGUCGUCUUGACAAUUGGUCGCUUGCUGUCAAACGUGUCGCUCGCGAUGUCGGUGUCGACGGCAAGAUGGGUGGUCAAGCAGAAGUUGAUGGUAUUUCCGGUCGCUGGAAGGAGAUCACUUCCGACGUCAACACUAUGGCCCAAAACCUGACCUCACAAGUCCGAGCAUUUGGUGAUAUCACAAAUGCUGCUAUGGAUGGUGACUUCACCAAGAUGAUCACUGUUGAAGCAUCCGGCGAGAUGAACGAGCUCAAGCAGAAGAUCAACAAAAUGGUCACUGGUCUCCGCGAGAGUAUCCAGAAGAACACUGCUGCAAGAGAAGCAGCUGAACUGGCCAACAAGACAAAGUCAGAGUUCCUUGCCAACAUGUCUCACGAGAUCAGAACGCCUAUGAACGGUAUUAUCGGAAUGACUCAACUCACUCUUGAUACUGACUUGAACCAAAACCAGCGAGAGAUGCUCAACCUGGUAUUCAACCUUGCUAACAGUCUAUUGACCAUCAUUGACGACAUCCUCGAUAUCUCCAAGAUUGAAGCCAACCGUAUGGUUGUCGAGGAGAUCCCAUUCUCUCUCCGUGGCCAAGUCUUCAAUGGCUUAAAGGGUCUGGCAGUCAAGGCCAAUGAGAAGCACCUUGAUCUCGCCUACUAUGUUGAUAGUUCGGUACCGGAUUACGUUGUUGGAGACUCCUUCAGACUUCGUCAGAUCAUCCUGAACCUUGUCGGCAACGCUAUCAAGUUCACCGACAAGGGUGAGGUCAGAAUCUCCAUUUCUGCAGCGGACCAGGUUGGAUGCAAGGAUGGCGAGUACGCAGUUCAAUUUGCUGUCAGCGACACCGGUAUUGGCAUACCGAGCAACAAGCUUGACCUCAUCUUCGACACCUUCCAACAAGCAGAUGGCUCAACCACCCGCCGAUUUGGAGGUACUGGUCUUGGUCUUUCCAUUUCAAGAAGACUUGUCUCUCUUAUGCACGGAAGGAUGUGGGUGGAAUCUGACUUUGGUCAAGGCAGUUGUUUCUAUUUCACUGUCAAGUUCAAGGUCGGCAACCCCGAUGUAAAGGCCAUUGACAAGCCGCUCAGAGCUUACCGUAAGCAUAACGUGCUCUUCAUCGACACUGGCAAGACCGGUUGCUCUGAAGAAAUCGCUCAGCAUCUUGUCAAUCUCCAGCUGGUACCCAUGGUUGUCCACACCGAGCAUGAAGUGCCCUCACCUCAGGCUGCCAGCGCUGCUGGAAAGGCUUACGACUGUGUCCUGGUCGAUUGCAGAGAGACAGCUCGCAAACUUCGCAACGUUGAGGACUUUAAGUAUAUCCCCAUCGUCAUGCUUGCUCCUGUCAUUAGCAUGAGCUUCAAGUCAGCACUCGAGGACGGUAUUGCAAGCUACAUGACAACGCCUUGUUUGUCCAUCGAUCUGGGCAACGCCCUUAUACCAGCAUUGGAAGGACGCGCCGCGCCAACAUCUGCCGACCCCUCUAUGAAAUUCGACAUCUUGCUCGCCGAGGACAAUGCAGUCAACCAAAGGCUGGCUGUCAAGAUUUUGCAAAAGCAUCACCACACUGUUACCGUGGCGAAUAAUGGUCUGGAGGCUUUCGAAGCCAUCAAGAAGAAGCGAUACGAUGUCGUGCUCAUGGAUGUGCAAAUGCCUAUCAUGGGAGGUUUCGAAGCCACUGCCAACAUCCGCCAAUACGAACGCGAGCACCAGCUCACUCGCUCGCCCAUUAUCGCUCUCACUGCCCACGCCAUGUUGGGAGAUCGCGAGAAGUGCAUCCAAGCGCAAAUGGACGAGUACCUCUCAAAGCCACUCAAGCCUAAUCAGCUUAUUCAAACCAUACUUAAGUGUGCGACCAUGGGAGGCGCGUUGCUCGAACGCAACAAGGACCAAAGGCUGGCACUUACACAAGGCGACGACGGCAAGCAAGAGGAGAGCGCAAGCAGCAGCAAAGUCAGCACGCCCAGGAGGCCGAUCUUGGAUAUUCGUGGAUACACCGACUCGCCGACCAACCCGACUAAGAGUCCUUCGAUUGUGACGGCAGACCUCGGUGAUCCCAUUGAGCGGGAAAUGCUCAUGAGAUCCAACAGCUCAUAA